CCGGGCUCUGCUUGCCCAGUCCCGUGGCUCCAGUCCGGAUCUCGCGGCUGCCCGACCCGGGUCCGAGUCCCAGCAGCUGGGGGGGAGGCGGCGGCUGGCCCGGGCUCCGCGCGGCCGCUUGGCGAGGAGGGAGCCCGAGGAGGACAAUGCACCCGGCGCUCGGCCACCCUCGCUCCGUCUCCGUCUCGUCCGGCUCCUUCCCGCCGCCCCCGGCCGCCGCCCGGCAGCAGCCUCUCUUCCUGCGAGGCUCGGGCGACAGCGGCACCAGCACCAGCACCAGCCGGGGGGGCGGCGGCGGCACACGCGGCGGGGGCGGCGGCGGCGGCGGCGGCGGCGGCGGCGGCGGCUCCCCGAGCAGCAGCACAGGCGCCGAGCGGGAGGACGACGACGAGAGCCUGAGCAUCAGCAAGCCGUUGGUGCCCGCCGCCGCCGCCGCGCUCCCGGGGCCCCCGGCGCAGGGGGGCGCCCCCGCCGUCGCCCCCGCCGCACCGGCCGCGCUGUCCUCCUCCACCUCCACCUCCACGCCCACCUCCUGCAGCAUGACCGCGGCGGACUUCGGCGAGGGUGCUGCGGCCGUCGGAGGCCCCGGGAGCCGCUCGGCUGGGGGCGCGGGCGGCGCGGGCACCGGCAGCGCCGCCUCCUGCUGCUCGUGCUGCUCCUGCUGCGGGCGCCCGGCCCGGCCUGUUCGCAGGGGUCGGCGCCGGGGCUGCGCGCCUGGCCCCGGGUGCCGCUGGGGCUACCAGGCACUGUCCGUGGUGCUGCUGCUGGCGCAGGGCGGGCUGCUGGACCUGUACCUCAUCGCAGUCACCGACCUGUACUGGUGCUCCUGGAUCGCCACCGACCUGGUGGUGGUGGUGGGCUGGGCCAUCUUCUUCGCCAAGAACAGCCGGGGCCGUCGGGGCGGCGCGGCUGGCGGCGCACACAGCCUCCACCAGCACCACCACCACGCCGCGCCGCCCCUGCACCUGCCCGCCGCCGCGUCGUCCUCCGCGGGGGCCGCAGCCGGAGCCAAGGGGCGCGGCGGCCGCGGAGGCGCAGGGGUUUCGGGGAGCGGCGCGGGGGCGGCAGCGGCGGCGGGCGAGUUCGCCUUCGCCUACCUGGCCUGGCUCAUCUACUCCAUCGCCUUCACGCCUAAGGUGGUGCUCAUCCUGGGCACGUCCAUCCUGGACCUCAUCGAGCUGCGCGCGCCCUUCGGCACCACCGGCUUCCGCCUCACCGUGGCGCUGUCGGUGCCGCUACUCUAUAGCUUGGUGCGGGCCAUCAGCGAAGGGGGCGCGCCCCCGGGUUCGGCGGGACCCCUGCUCCUGCAGCCGCAGCAGCACCGUGCCGCAGGCUGCUUCCUGGGCACAUGUCUGGACCUGCUGGACAGCUUCACCCUGGUGGAGUUGAUGCUGGAAGGCCGCGUGCCGCUGCCCGCGCACCUGCGCUACCUGCUCAUCGCCGUCUACUUUCUCACCCUCGCCUCGCCGGUGCUCUGGCUCUACGAGCUGAACGCCGCGGCCACCUCCGCUUGGUCCUGGCGCCAGGCCUCGGGGCCCGGCAGCUGCAGCCGCCUUCUGCGCCUUCUGGGUGGCUGCCUGGUGGACGUGCCCUUGCUGGCCCUGCGCUGCCUCCUGGUGGUGAGCUACCAGCAGCCCCUCUCCAUCUUCAUGCUCAAGAACUUCUUCUUCCUUGGCUGCCGCGGCCUGGAGGCCCUGGAGAGCUGCUGGGAUCAGGGGAGCCGGACCUCUCCCAGUCGGGCCAGAGGUGGCUACAGUGCUCCGCCCUCUGCCCCUCCACCACCGCCACCACCUCCACCACCUCAGGGAGGCUCCCAGCUGGGCCACUGCAUCUCUGAAAAUGAGGGAGGGCCCCAUGGCUAUGUCAACACCUUGGCUGUGACCUCCCAGAACUGAGGGGGUGAAGGGCAGGGGCCCUUGCUUUUGGGAUGACAGUGUCCAGCUCCCUUGGCCUCUGAGCUCUCACUGGGGUUUGAUCAGGCUCUGUUGAGAGAAGUGACUUUCUCUGUACCCAAGAGGUACUGCUCGCAGGGGACCAGCAGUUCAUGGAGAGGGAGGUUGGCCCACUUACGUGUGCUCUGUCUUCAUACCCUGCUCCAAUCCUUGACCUCCAAGGGGCUGGAUAACUGCUUCCUACUUUCCCCACAACUGUGGGGGAGAAUGGUAGACGAGGCAGGUGUCCAGGCAUUGACUGCUGUGCUUUGGGCCUGCGCCAGGCUCUUCAGGUUGUGGUUGGUGGCCGUUGCCUCAGAAUCCACUCUUCCUCUGAUGUGUCUGCGCAGGGAGGUGGAUGACAACCGCAUGUCUAUAGUGUGUGUGUGUGUGUGUGUAUGUGUGCGCACACACAUGCGUGUGUGGUGCUGUCUCCUUGUGUUCAACCUGUGGCCCCUUGCAACCCAUAGAUUGGGAGGCCUUGCCUUCCCACCACACACCCCUCCGCUGUUCUCUCUGUGGCUUGAAUUUGUGAGCAUGAAUUCCCAGGACCAGUGGGGCCUUGGAGCUGCCCUUACUCUUGUCCCAGGGAGAAGCUGACCCACGGUCUUCCUCAGUUCCUCUCCUGUCUUCGCACCUUGCGGAGGAAGGUGUCCCACCUCUCGAAGGACCAAAUGGCACCCUUUGGCGGGUGAGCGAGCAAUUCUACCUCCAUGCUUUCAACUUUUGCUGCGUCAUGGCGCUGAUGCUGCUUGCAAAAAACAAAAAUAAAAUACUCAGAAGUUGCAUUCAACAUGGCCACCAGCCACUGUUGGGCUUUGGUACCAGUGUGGUUACAGGGUCUGUGGAGUAUCAGCCAUUGGCUUGGCCUCCUGUUCCUCCGUCUGCACCCAGAAUGGCUCUCCUUCCUGUGGCUUGUUCCUGGCUGGGUCAGAAUAGGACUCAGCAACAGUUUAAGGGCAAGAGGUGCCUGGAUGGAUGUGAAAUUGGGCUUCCCGUGGGCCCAAGGGAUUGGGACACCCAACGUCCUGUCUGUCUCUCCUCUGGGAAGUGUGGUGUAGGUCAGAAAGGGUGGCAGUGCCCCCUGUCCUUGCUCUGCUGACAGGGCUCCAAAGGAAAGACCCUGCCGUUGGGCAUUCCUCAUGGGCUCCUCUUAUUGAGGCCAUGACAAGAGACAUUUAUAGUCUUGGUUGGGACGUCGCUUUGGAGUCUUGGAGGCAGGAAUAGUAUUUAAGGGUACAGGAAAACAGCAGGGAGCAAGGCCUGGAAAUACUCACUUUCUUUCACCCACAAUAUUAGGGUGGGGAAAAUUUAAGGAGUUUUUGUUCUCCCUCUCCUUUUUUUCUGCUUUGGGAGUUCCAUGUAGUGUGACAAAUCCUGGACCAGGAACCAGAAGGCAUGGAAGACAUGGAUUCUAGUUCUGGUUCUGUCACUCACUAGUUUUGAGCACUAGAUCAUUUUUACUUUCUGGGUGUCAGUUACCUUUCAGUUCUAGCACUGAUUUAGUUUAGAGUUUUUGAAAACCGUGAUCAUCUGUAAAAAGUGGUAAAGGUAGAGAGGAGAGGAACCAGCCACGAUCCCCCUGUGGUCUGUUCCCCAUUUUGUUCUGGGAGUGUCUGAGGCCUCAGGCUGGGAGUGAGAAGGCACCUGGCCAGGUGGAUGGCCAAGCCUGUCUCUGUUGCCCUGCCACCAACCUUCCCAAGAGCCCUGAGCACAAGGAAGGGCCCAAAGUGCCCAGUUACUGGCCCCUAACUCAGCAGCUGGGCCAGUGGCCACCCCUCUUUUGGUCUUGCUGGGUUCUCCAAGAACUGAGGGCCGCUGGGGCCCUCUCUUUCAAGAGUCUAGGGGUUUGUGGGCAGAAGACAUCAUUCAGGCAGAAACAGCUGAGGGGCUGAGGGAGACCUGAGGGCCUGCAGCCCACCUGGCCCUCAGAGUGGGUGCUGGUGGGGAGAUGUUUACAGUCAGUGCACUCUGCGCUCCUCGGCCAGCACUGGUGGGCUGGAUUUCUGCCACGUCUCCUUCCCCUUACUGGCUCCUCUUCUCUGCUGUUGGAUGCAAGGUUUGAGGCCCAGGCCCCGGGUGGGGACGAUGGCUGCUGUCACUGUUCCCUUCUCUCCAGUUCUGCUGUGUUUCUGCUACUUAAUCUCAGUGACUGUGAAAGGACAUUAUUUCUGAGCCAUGGCUGGCAUUGGCUGGCCCCCAACCCACCCUCUUUCUACUGUUUUGAUGGCCACCUGGCUGCCGAGUGACUGCUGGCUGUGACCUCUGAGUGCUGUCCGGUUUUGAAUGAGGUUGUGAUAGGUUCCAGUGAGCUGCCACUUCCCUGGUACGUCAGGAGAUGGAUGGCAACAUGGCCUAGUUUGGCAGGGGCCAGGCCUGUUCACAUCCAGGCAAGAGACCCCAGCUCCACCUGAGCAUCCUUUUGUACACAUUUGGUACCAUAACUGUGUUCAGGAUGCUGAUUCCUUCCUUCUGGUGCAUUUCCUUGGGUCCUGUCAUUCAUUAUCCUUGGCCCACUCAUAAUAAGCAAUGGCCCCUGAAGCUCACUUUCCUUGCUUUCUAGGGUAUCCUUAGUGCAGGGGUCCACGUGGGUAUCCCCCAGGGGUAUGAUGAUGUGCAGUCUCCUGGAGACCUGUGCCCACAGCAGGGUUUAUAGUAAAGAAGCCUGGGCUCAGAUUGGGACCUGCUCCUAACAUUUGAGCAUGAAAUGGUGACGGGGGAGCAGGUUUUUCAUCUGAACCCCCAAAACCUUCUCCACUUUAUUUUUUGAAAUGCUAUGGAUGGGUGUCAGGACCUUGUAUUUACUAAGGCAAGUGUUCUGCCACUGAGCUACCUCCCCAUCCUUGAAUCUUGUUUUAAAAAAGAACUAGACCUUGUUUAAAGUCUUGUUCCCCUCUCCUUUUUGUGAGCUAGGUUUUUGCUCAAUUGCCUGGGCUGCCUCACACUCCUCCUGCCUCAGCCUCCUGAGCAGCAGGGACCACAGGUGUGUGUCACCAUGCCUAGCUCGGAUUCUUCCUUGUUAGCACGCUUGGUGCCAAGCUGUGGGUUUUUGUAAAAGAGAGUUAGCUGAGAGAGCCUGGAAGGAGGAGGGAAGUGGCGCCUCACUGGCAUUUAUCACAGUGGGGUUUUUUUUCUUCUCUUUUUAAAAAUAAAAUGAAUUUCUGUUCUGAAAAUAAAAAACUUGAGACUUGUGACAA